UCCUCGCCCUCGAAAUACUCCACGAUGCUGGGCGAAAGAGCGGCCCAGGAAGCCAUGGCCCCGGCCCUCCAAACGCGACGCGACCCAGCCCAGCCCCGCUGCCGCCGCCGCCGCCGCCACCCCACAAUGCUCCGCGCCGCCCGGGAGUCCCCGAGGCGCGCGCGAAGCUGCUCGGGCGCCCGCAGGCCGGGUUCGCCAGGAGUCCCGCACGUUGACGCCGCCCGCGCCAUCUUGACCGAGGGCAGCCUUCGCUAUUUCCGUUCCUUCUCUAACCCGGACCGCCAUCUUCGAUUGGCCUGGGCCAAAAACACUCAGGACCCUCGGAUUGCAGUGGGUUCCCAGUCCCCACUAGAAAAGAAGAUUAAGUUUGCCAAAGCGGAGGAGUACUACUAUCGACGGCAUCAGGCAACGAUGCUGGGAGAAGCAUGGAGAUACACGAUGGCUCCAAGGUGGGAAAUUAAAAUACAGAGACAGAGACCACAAAGUGACAAAACAGGAGAUACUAAAAAAUGGGACUAUUUAGUGUCUGAGAGGGAGCUGGACCACAUAGAGAAGCACAUCUACCGAGCCGAACAAGCCAGAGGCCUCCGAGACCACAAGUACCGGCUCCUCCCUCAAAGGGUUCCAAGUGAAACGGUCAUCCCCAAAAUACUAAGCCCAGGGAAGGAGGAGAAGACUGCAGCUGUCCAGAAAACCCAUAAAACGAAGACCAAAAAGCACAGGGCGGCCUGGGCAAAGGAACAGAUCAAGGGACAUCAGGAUCGAAUGAUUCGGGGGCGAGAGCUCACAGAGCAGAGAAGCGAGAGACUCCGUGCCUGGAGGGUCUCUGCUCCCGCUCCUCCCCUCCACAGGCCUGCAACACACAAGGAGGAAGAGAAAGAAUUCGAACGCAUCACAGCCUACCCGAUUGCCCAGCCUUACCAGGAAGCGCUCAUAGAAGUGACCAUCCUCACGGAAAAGUCCAGAAAAGAGGAAAACGUAAAGAAGCCACUCCGACGAGAGCUCUUGAGUAUGCCACCGUUUUUGAGAAGUCAACUAGAAAAAAAGGAAGUUUAAGUUAUUUUAUGGAUGAUUCUAUUUCUUUCGCAGGCUGGCAUCCUUUGACAACUGUCAGCGCAGUAAAAUCCCAUAACCCCCGAA